CAGUUCAGCUCUGCAGGAACAGUCCAGUUGAGCUCCUCCAGGAACAGUCCAGUUGAGCCCUCCAGAACCUUAAGCUUUUUUUUUUUCUAGUAUCUCCAACAGUUUGGACUUCCUGGGUUGGAUUCCUGAAAGCACUCCUCCCCCUCCCUUCCUGCAGCUGGAUGUGCUUUCAGCAGAGCAGAAGAGAAGCAGAACCAGCAGCAGCUGAGACUGAACUGAGCUACAGGGAUCACAGUUCUGCUCUUCCUUGCAAAAUCAAAAAUAAAAGAUGGUGGCAAAAAGCAUCAACAUGAACUCUGGGGGCGUCCGCCGCUGGAGCCCUUUCAGCAGCAUCAAGGUAUUUGUGUUCUGCCACAGUUUUCUGCAGCUCGCUCAGCUUUUAGUCUCUGGUUUCAUGAAGAGCUCCAUCUCCACCAUUGAAAGACGCUACGGCCUAUCCAGCCAGAAGUCAGGGAUCCUGGCAUCCUUCAACGAGGUGGGGAACACUGUUCUGAUCAUCUUUGUGAGCUUCCUGGGAAGUCGUGUUCAUCGUCCGCGGUUCAUCGGUGGCGGUGCUCUGCUGGCAUGUUUGGCCUCGCUGCUUAUGGCACUGCCCCACUUCCUGAGUGAUGAGUACAUCUACACAGACCGAAUCAGCACCUCCACUGAUAACAGCUCAGGCCUCUGCGGUACAUCCUCCUCCUCCAACCAAACAUGUCUCGAGCAAGACAGCCCCGCCCAACAGAUGGUCUACCCUCUGCUGCUUCUGGGUCAACUGCUACUGGGCAUUGGAGCCGUCCCUAUCCAGCCCUUCGGCAUCUCCUACAUCGAUGACUAUGCCAGUAGGAAGAACUCUCCGCUCUACCUUGGCAUCCUCCUCGCUGUGACCUCCAUCGGCCCGGCCUUCGGCUUCAUCACCGGCUCCUUCAUCCUCAAGCUAUAUGUUGACUUUGACAAACUGUCAAAAGAUGACAUUGAGCUGGAUCCCAAAGACCUUCGCUGGGUCGGGGCCUGGUGGCUCAACUUCCUGCUGGCCUCCGGCCUCCUCUUCCUCAGCGCACUGCCUUACCUGUUCUUCCCCAGAGAGAUGCCCAAAGAGAACGCUGCUGACGAUGUUGAGUCCAGACCAGACAGUAAGCAGCCAGAGCGAACGGACCCGAUGAGGGAACUCUCCUUUAUUCAGUUCCUAAAAUGUUUCCCCCGUAUCGCUCUGCGGACGCUGCGCAGCCCCAUUUACCUCCUGGUGGUCCUGGGCCUGGUCAACCUGGCGGCGCUGGUCUGUGGCCUCGGCACCUUCAUGGGCAAGUUCAUUGAGAAGCAGUUCUCUCAGACCACCUCAUUCUCCAACAUGAUGAUAGGAGGAAUCGGGAUGCCGCUGGCGGUUCUGGGAAUCGUUCUGGGAGGAGUUCUGAUGCGUAGAUUUAACUUGUCAGUCAACAGUGCCAGCAAGUUGUGUUCUGCUGUCAUUUUUCUCUGCGUGUUCUUCGCCCUGCCGAUGAUCUUCAUCGGCUGCCCCACGCAGACCAUUGCUGGGUCCUUUCCUGUCAGGUCCAGUAACCACGCCUGUAACUCUGCGUGUAACUGUCCUCAGGAAGCAUUUAAUCCUGUCUGCGGUUCUGAUGGAGUGGAGUUCCGGUCUCCCUGCCAUGCCGGCUGUUUGUCCCGACAAAUGGACACAAACGGAAAACCCACGAACUUCACCAACUGCACCUGCAUCAAUGAAGGUUUAGGUGGAGCCCGCCAAGGAACCUGUGGCAGCGGAUGUUCUCACCUGCUGCUGCCCUUCAUGGUCCUGCUGUCUCUCACCUGCUUCAUCAUCUCCUUCGCCCAGACACCGUCAUACAUGAUGAUCCUCAGGACGGUUCCGCCUGAGGAUAAGUCCUUUGCAGUGGGAGUUCAGUACAUGCUGUUCAGAGUCCUGGCGUUCCUGCCUGGCCCUGUUCUGUACGGUAGCGUCAUUGACACCACCUGCAUCCUGUGGGGUCAGAAAUGCGGCAAAAAUACUUCCUGUCUCUACUACAACCUGGACAAGUUCAGACAGAGGUACCAUCACAAGAGAACCCAGGCGUACCAAAUCAACUGUCCUAUCAAUGGACCACUUAUACCUGCAGGGUUCUGGUGCAGAUCAGGGCUGUUACCUUGAAUUUUAGAUGCACCGCUGCUGCAACAGCUGAACUAGUCAACAGCUUAUUUAGGUCUUUUUCAGACCUGAUGGCAUGAGGAGGAUUAUUUAUAAUCUUCUCAAUAAUUAGUAGAUGAAUCAUUCCUAGGCUUAAGGGCAGCCCAGGCCUUCUUCUACCA